UGUCUAUUUGGCAGUUUGGAAUUGGUGCACAAAUGGUUGUAGCGGUGAAACUAUCUCUUCAAUAUGCAUUGGGCAAUAAUCGGCGGCCAUCGAUUGAAUCUAUAAAAGACAAUUCCAUGAUGACAAGACGAAGGAAGCMGCAGACGAAAGUUACGAAGAGUCUGGGUACGACAUUGACGAAUUCAAUAGUAGUGCUGUCAGCGCAUGCGUAGACCUGUGUUAGGUUACAUGCUGUAGUCCAAUGUCAAGAUUUUGUAGUUUGUACUUCAAGCUCUUUAAAAAUGACACAAAUAUGUUCCGCACAGACAUUUGGACAAGAAAACUGACAAUGUAGUAAGAAUCACCGAACCGGAUUUUAUUUGUUUGCUAUUAGGUUCAGUGGCCAAAUCGAUUUGACAAUUUUUCUGGAGUCAUCGCCUCGACCAUGUCAUCGUCAGUUAGCAAGUCACAAACCAGGCUUGUUGUUUUGCUACUAUGUAGUCUUCCUGUAUUCUAUUAUAUUUUACAUCUUCAUCCAACACUCUAUGAACGGAGGCUUUCGGAAGCCAACUCAUCGAAUUUAGAAUCAAGGAAACAGACUUUAAAAAUCUUGUGUUUUGGUGACUCUCUUACGGCUGGACAAAGACCACGAGAAACUUCCAAACCAUUGACAUUCUAUUCUUAUGCUGUUCGUCUUGAAAAGCUUCUUCGUCAAGGUAUAAAAGAACACGCACGUCUUAGUCAAUUUUCAUCAGUAGUAGUUCAAAAUCAAGGCAAACCUGGUGAAUUAGCCGUUGGUGCAAUGAAGCGAAGACUUAUUGGUUUGUUAAAAGGCAAUGAAACGUUUGAUUUGGUUAUUAUCCUGGGAGGCACGAAUGACUUGGCCUUUCUUAAGAAAAAGCCUUCRAUUGCUGCCAACGUAACAACAAUUAUAAAAGCUUUAUUAGAUUUACAUGAACUUUGCCAUUAUUUUAAUGUUAGAACUGUUGUAGUUACCAUUCCUCCACGUCGCUGUGAUAUUGAAAGAACCUGUAAGAAAACAAGUAUGGCGCGUCGAUAUAUAAACACAAAACUUUAUCAUUAUGCGACUAGAACACCAAUACGGACGUUGUUCGUUGACCUGGCCAGAUUUUUUAAGUCAAGCAAGCUGUUUAGCGACUUUGUACAUUUUACUGAUAAAGGCUAUGAUAAAAUGGCCGAUAUAUUUUUUUACUUAAUAAAAGAACGUUUCUGAUAAAACCUAAGGUACAAUAUCAAUGCACUUGUUAAAAACAGGUGAAAGGUUUAGGUAAGUUGUAAAGUGGAUCUUAAAAUUCAACUGGAGAGAAUUAGGACCAAGACUGACAAGACUGAGAAGAAGAAACAUCAGUAGAAAAUAAAGAAAAAACCGCGAAACUGGUAAAGUAAGAUUAACUGUUCUGUAGUAGAGCCUAGAAUCUAAUCAGAACCUGGAAACUAAUUAGAAU